AUGGAAGAAAGUCUCCUUAACAGGUGGCUUGAACAGAGUUCCGAAGCAGGGCAGACCCUCGACCGGGCUGAAGACAACUUUCUUCAAAGCCUUUCCCCCGAAUCAGGCUAUGCUACAUCGCUGUAUCAGGUCUGCAUGCGGCAGUUGUCGAAAUUGUGUAAGGUGCAGUCUGAAAAGCUCUCCCCCAGGACACGGUGGAAGCCGCGAGUUCAGGAGCUGCAGUUAAAGUUGUACCUGUUCGGCGACAGUUUCGAACAUGGCAAGCUCGAGUCAUGCUUGAAUGCGGAUGAAGAGCUUCGUGGAAGUGUGGUUGGUCUGUUGUUGGACAUCGGCCGAAUCCUCACACAAGGCUACGCUAUCUCCCUUCUGGCCGGCUCAAGGGACGGUUCUGGCAACUUCAAUGACGAGACCACGGCCGCUUUGAAAACCCACUUGGCUGAAGCAAGAGAGUUCCUCAACAUUGAGGGCAGUGAUGAUGACAGCACCGAUUCCGAACAAUCUGAAGAUGAAACGGCUUCCUACCUUUCCCGGGAUGAAGGUCUGCUUGAAAGAAAAUAUUUCCGUCCAUUGUUCGAAUAUGUCGAACUUCUCUUGGAACUGUGCCCAACUCUCGAGCAAACCUACAAACAUAGACACCAAGAGACUACUUCCUCCAAGCUACAGUCGGAGCACCAGAUAUCGGUCUCCAUUCCCGCCUUGUCAUAUGUGCAGAACAUCAGAGACAAGUUCCCGCUGGCGAGCAACAACCUUGUGGAGCGACUCGGCGAGUCGAAUUGGCAACGGCAUGAACGCUUGAGGUCCAUCGAUGUCGCGAAAGCGUCUGAAGAGCUUGCCAGAUCAAACCUCCCUCAACAUCCAAAGUCGCUAUUCCAGCCUGUUUCAAUUUUCAAGGACUCGGCGCUGGGCAGCUCUUUGCCUGCUAUCUCUGAACACGCUCCGACGGUGGCGUCGCAUUCCUCCUUUUUGAGCAGCACGGAAGGUCAGGACAAAGGACGCUUCCGGGUCCCCAAACUGCCCAAGAAUACAUCUUACGGCGAACCAUUCUUGUGCCCAUUCUGCAUGAAGACCAUACGCCAGAUCAGGUCACGGGUCGAUUGGAAGUAA